UUUCCCCUCACUCCCUGCAUAACCUUCUUGCGUGCAUGUGCUUUGUGACCUGUGUUGCGUCUUGGCGGCUUGCAGCUUUCGUUGAGGCUUGUCAGCGUCCCAGGGGCGCAUUGCAAAAUGAACGGAAUAUGCAACUUGUUGUUGCCUGUAAUCGGUUCAGAGAACAAGGAUGAGGCCCUGCGGAAACUCCUGUCGUCAUGCAACGAUCAACGAGCUUUCACUAAGUGUGUGUCGGGUAUUUCUGCCUUUGUUGGUGUGAUUAACGGCAAGUUGAAUGAGCCGGCCUCCAGACACGAUGGCCUUCUCUUGCUCCAAACCUUCUUGCCUCAGUGCUCGGUGGAGGUCCUUGCAUUGCAUGGUCCUUCAUGGAUUACGGCCUGUCUGAAAGGAGCAGCUUCCCGAGGGACUGCUCAACUUUCGUUCACUGUAUUAGCAAAAUUGUUGGAGCUGUCUGAAACUGUCCCGGAGCUAAACAGGCAUGUGUCUUCCGUAGCGGUUUCAAAUUUUGCCGAGUUGCUCCAUCAAGGAAUUUGGCCUGCGGCCUAUGUAAAUGCUUUGGAGUGCCUGGAGCAAUGUAUGAAGAUAUGUAAUGGCCCCUGUGGUCCCCACAAAAAAGUGAUUGAUAGCUUCUUGUGCUCGUUGCUGGACUACUCUGGUCCCAAUCAUCUGCAGGUGUUUUGGCAUGCUGCCCGCUGCAUGUCACUGUUGCCGCAGACUGGCGGUGGUGGUGUUGGCGGCGCUCAAUACAAAUUGGCUUGGGUUGCCAAGCAGAAACAAGUUUGUCGCACUAUUCACCUCAUUCUGGAUGAGUUGUAUUCAGAUACAAAUGAGCUGCAGGUUUCCAUGAUGGGUUCUAUGCUUGAAAGUGUUGAGCCUUUGCCAUUGCCUGAAAUUGAUGAUUCAGACCCCAUCCUUCGAACUCAAAAAUUGGUGACUCGCCUUUUGGCUGUUUCAACCUGUCUUCAGGCUUUGUUAGUUAUGGUCUAUCCAGUCCCCAAAAAUGUGUCAAUAUCCUCCAUUAUAAAUUUGAUAUGCCGUGGUCUUGCUGUGAAUGGGUCCUCUAUUGGAGUAAGCAACACCACUGAUACUUUAGCACUUACGGCUGAACUUCCAAGAGUUCAUCAAUCUCUGUUGAAGCUACUAGAAGCAUUGAUCAUUGUGGGCCGCUCAAACCUGACUCCAUUUGCUGAUACGAUUUGUAAACUUUGCAUUCAGACUCUGAAGUGGACCAGUGUGGAAGACUGGCCAUAUGGCACAGAAAAGCCUUAUAAAUUUGUAAGAGUCCAGGCAUAUGAAGUCUUAAAGCUUUGGUGUGGCACCGCCAAGGGAGGAAGUGGUGUAGAAGAUGUUUCUCAACAAUUAGUUGAUGUAUCUAUGCAAGACAUUUUCUCAGAAAAGGAUAGUGUUUCACUUUCAGCUGGUUUACGCAAGAACCACAACCCACAAAGGCGCUCGAAAGGAAACAAAGCUGCUGCAAGCCUAACUGUUGGAGGCACUGUGGCAAGGAAUAGUUUGGUACGGAAUGAAUUGGCAAACAAAGACGUCUGUGUUGCUGCCUUGCAAGCUGUUACUGCAGCAGUGCUGGCUGGCUCUUCCAGGAUUCAGGCAAAUGUGCACAAGACUUUACAGGAGACUGUUGUCACUGUUCUCCUUAAGGGAUCCUCAACGGCUGGAGAGUACCCCAUUCCAUUUAGCUCACCUUUUGCCCGGUUGGAGUUGUAUCGCCUCUUGCUGCAACUGGUUUUGGAUGGUCACACAGUCUGGCCUGCACCAACAAACCUUGCUGCGAAGUUGUUUGCGAAUGGAUUGAAUGAUUCUGAUGCACAGAUUUCAAUUUUCUGUGGAAUGGCACAGGGUGUCAUAGAAAAAAUUAUUCAUCCCGCCUACCCAUCCUUGUACGUAACACCCAGUCAUAAGGAAGUGGAUGCCAGUAUAGAAACUUCUGCGCAAGACACAUUUACUGCUCCUGCUUUGGCAGUCUCUAGACUUACCAUUCAAGACCGAGCAAGAAACAAUUCUGAAGAUUCAGGCAAUGACCUUACUGAUGCUGUGUCACUGGUUCCCAAAAAGACAGAGAAAAGAACCUCUACUGGAUCAAGCGUCCGACAAACUAUUCAACUAGAAAACUCGUCAGCCGAGUCCACUCCCUUGGUAAUUAAGCCUGUUAAUCCUCGACUGGUAAUGGUACAGGCCACUCCUAUCUGCUCUAUUACUGUUAGUUCUGAUGGAGAAGACAACAGCCCAUCUAAUCUGGAGUCGUCACGUAAAUUGACCGGAAAAGUGAAAGCAGAUAGUAGUGUGAAGGAGGGGCAUAACGUCCAGAAGCCCAUUGACUUAACAAACUCUGAUAUGAGUGAUGAUGAUGAUGAUAUUUCUGAAGUGCCGUGUGAAAUAGACUUGGCAGAUUCGGAAGAUGAAAAGGCAGGUUCGGAUGGUGAGAAAAGCAAUGUAUCUAUCUGCAGCCAAACUACGGUGAACACUCCUGUAAAUACACAGGCUUUGGAGCGCUCAGGAAAAUCAGCAUUUGAACUGAAGAUUACCAAGCAAAGUCCUGUCUCAAAGGAAAAUGAAUCCUUGGAUGAAAAUAGUGUUUGUGCUGUUUUAAAUGAAGCUGAAGUCAUUGCUGUUUCUAAGGAGACUGAAGUGCCUGAUGGGAGUGGUAGCAGUGCUGCUACAAAAGAAGCUGUGGUGGAGAGUUCUACUAGUGCCGUGAAUGGAAGUCUUACGAACGGCAUUUCUGAGGCUGUCCCUGGCGAUGGUUCCGCGGCAGACGCUGUUCCUGAGGCUGACUCCGCAGAUGGACCUUCGGGAGGCGCUAAGAGAGCAGUGGAAGUGGAAGAAGUGGGGUCACCGACCAAAAAGGCCAAGUUAAAUGGUGGUGAUGAUGAUGAAGAUAUGGAGUUCCCCUCAGAUGAGGACUCAAUGCUCCUGUCAUUUGUUGAUGUUACUAGAGAUGAAGAAAAUGAGGAAGAUUUGUAGCAUGAUUCACGGUUCAUCAUUUUAUCUGUGUAUUCUUGCUUACUUUCAAACCAUUUUCCUGGUAUUGUGUCUUAAAUUAUACCAGUGAAUAAUUUUGUACUCAAGUUAAUUUUUCUUUUCCUUCUUGUUAAUGUUUCUAUUAUAUAUUUUUUCCAGUCAUGUUUGUUUUGUCAUAUGGUCUAAUGAUAAUCCCAUAAGAGCGAAAUAAACAACUUUGGCUAAAAA